AGUGAGCGACGCGAGUCAACAACGUCUGGACGCCUACGAAACACAGGCUGUACGGAAUCAACGCCUGAGCUUUAGCGCGCAAAUUUAAAAAAAUAAUUUAAAAAUAUUCGCAUCUGUUCCUUAUUCAAAUGGUGUCUAUUUUAUUAUAUUUAGUGGCGUGACGUUUCUCUGUGUGUUUAGUGAUUUGUGUUUGUUUUUUAAAUUAUUGGUGAGGUUUAAUCUUUUUGGAUUCCUGUCGUAAAAUCGGGUACAAAAGUGCAGUGAGGAAAUAAAUGCAAGUGUUUGUGAAUAAAAUGUGUUCUAGUCAUCAAGUGUAGUGUUGUGUUAGUGGGGUGCCGCGGUGCGUGGGCGCAGGCUUGGUGUCGCAGGCCGCCGCCAACAUGGCGCUAAGUUGACAACGGCGAUCGGCCGCGCCUCACGCCGCUGCACCGAACAUAAGACAGGAUGCUGGGCGGCGUGGGUGGGCGGCACGCGUCCGUGCGCCGGCGCGGCAGCUCCCCGGGCGUGCGCCGAUAUGCGGCUGGCGCGGCCGCCGCCGACGAUUCGCCGCCGGCGUCGCCACGGCCCAUGCGUCGCCGGCGGGCCGCACUCGCUGCGCAGGACCACAAAACAUGCGCGCUUAUACAUACCAGACUCAAGUUGGGCGACAUUAUGUUGGCGGCAGCGCAGGAGGCGGCGGGGGCGCAGGCUCGCGCGGCGCCAGCUGAUACCAUGGGCGGCGCGCACCAGCCCGCUACUCCAGGGCCCAGCUCACUCUUUAUAUUUGCCGACGAAAAUCCUAUUCGGAGGUACACAAAGUUCAUCAUCGAGUGGCCGCCCUUCGAGUACGCGGUGCUGCUUACCAUCAUCGCCAACUGCGUGGUGCUGGCGCUGGAGGAGCAUUUGCCCAACGGCGAUAAGACCAUCUUAGCACAGAAUCUGGAAAAGACCGAGGCGUACUUUUUAGGAAUAUUUUGUGUAGAAGCCUCGUUAAAAAUUUUAGCUUUAGGUUUUGUUUUACACAGGGGAUCUUAUCUUAGGAACGUUUGGAACAUCAUGGAUUUUUUCGUUGUAGUAACUGGUAUCAUCACGCAGCUGCCGAUCGCGCCAGCCGACGUCGACUUCAGGACCUUGCGUGCCAUUAGGGUGCUGAGGCCCCUUAAAUUAGUAUCGGGCGUUCCUAGUCUGCAAGUGGUACUGAAGUCUAUUAUAAAGGCGAUGGCGCCGUUGCUGCAGAUCGGCCUCUUGGUGCUUUUCGCGAUAGUCAUCUUCGCUAUCAUCGGCCUCGAGUUCUACUCAGGGGCGCUGCAUAAGACUUGUUAUAAUUUAGAAGAUAUUAGUGAAAUAGUUAACGAAGGCGAUAGUGCGACACCGUGCAACGCGGACAACGCGAGUCUAGCGCCGUUUGGCGCGAACGUGUGUGAGUACGAGAAGAGCACGUGCUUAGAGAAGUGGGAGGGGCCGAACAGGGGCAUCACGUCCUUCGACAACAUCGGCUUCGCUAUGCUCACUGUCUUCCAGUGCAUCACCAUGGAGGGCUGGACCGCCAUCCUCUAUUGGACGAAUGACGCGCUAGGUAGUGCGUUCAACUGGAUUUACUUUGUGCCUCUCAUAGUAUUGGGCUCAUUCUUUAUGCUCAACUUAGUUCUCGGUGUUCUUAGCGGUGAGUUCGCUAAAGAAAGAGAGAAAGUAGAAAAUAGACAAGAAUUUCUUAAAUUAAGAAGACAGCAGCAACUCGAGAGAGAACUCAAUGGUUACGUUGAGUGGAUAUGUAAAGCAGAGGAAGUAAUAUUAGCAGAAGAAAGAACAACAGAAGAAGAAAAAAUGCACAUAAUAGAAGCACGAAGAAGAGCAGCGGCCAAAAAGAAGUUAAAAAACCUUGGUAAAAGUAAAAGCACAGACACAGAAGAGGAAGAACAAGAUGAAGACUGCGGUGAUGACGUUCCAAAGAAAAAGCAAGGUUUUCUGAAAAGUAAAGCCCGAUCAGCUGGGAGGUUUGCAAACUUCUGGCGAGCCGAAAAGAGGUUUCGGUUCUGGAUCAGGCACACUGUAAAGACCCAGUGGUUCUACUGGUUCGUCAUUGUCUUGGUGCUCUUCAACACGAUAUGCGUCGCUGUAGAGCAUUACAGACAACCCAAGUGGUUGACUUCGUUUUUAUACUAUGCCGAAUUUGUGUUCCUGGGGUUGUUUAUGAUGGAGAUGUGGGUGAAGAUGUACGCGUUAGGACCGCGGAUCUACUUCGAGUCAUCGUUCAACCGGUUCGACUGCGUGGUCAUCUCCGGCUCCAUCUUUGAGGUCGUCUGGUCAGAAGUCAAGGGUGGCUCCUUCGGUCUAUCUGUCUUGAGAGCUCUAAGACUGCUGAGAAUAUUCAAGGUCACCAAGUACUGGUCAUCACUUCGGAACCUGGUGAUAUCUCUCCUCAACUCAAUGAGAUCCAUCAUCUCGCUGCUGUUCCUUCUCUUCUUGUUCAUUCUCAUCUUCGCACUACUCGGCAUGCAACUGUUCGGAGGGCAGUUCAACUUCGAGGAUGGCACACCACCGACCAACUUCAACACCUUUCCUAUUGCGUUGCUUACUGUCUUCCAGAUCCUAACAGGUGAAGAUUGGAACGAAGUGAUGUAUGAUGGCAUCCAGUCUCAGGGCGGCAUCCAGAGAGGCAUGAUCUACUCCCUGUAUUUUGUCAUCCUCGUCUUGUUUGGCAACUACACGCUGCUAAACGUGUUCCUUGCCAUCGCUGUCGACAACUUGGCUAAUGCCCAGGAAUUGACAGCGGCUGAAGAGGAACAAGUCGAGGAGGACAAGGAGAAACAGCUCCAAGAAUUGGAGAAAGAGAUGGGUGCAUUACACGCGGUGGACGGUUCUCCACCAGGAGUUCCAAUAAGUCCGGCAACGCCGACGCAUAGGAAGAAUAAAAAGAAAGAAGAGGCCAAAAAAGAAGAUGAAGAUGAGGUACCAGAUGGACCAAAACCAAUGCUGCCAUAUUCGUCCAUGUUUAUUUUGUCACCUACUAAUCCAAUUAGGCGAGGCGCACACUGGGUUGUAAAUUUAAGAUAUUUUGAUUUUUUUAUCAUGGUAGUUAUAUGUAUGAGUUCUGCGGCUUUAGCGGCUGAAGACCCCGUAGUGGAAGAGAGUGACAGGAACAAGAUCCUGAACUACUUCGACUACGCGUUCACGGGAGUGUUCACCGUGGAGAUGUUGCUGAAGAUAGUGGACCUUGGCAUCCUGUUCCAUCCGGGCGCGUACCUGCGCGACCUGUGGAACAUCAUGGAUGCCGCUGUCGUUAUAUGCGCCCUUGUCAGCUUCGGAUUUGAGAUCGGAGGCGUGAAAAAGGGCGCGGGGCAGAACCUGUCCACAAUAAAAUCGUUAAGAGUGUUACGAGUGCUCAGACCUUUGAAAACUAUAAAACGAGUUCCAAAGUUAAAAGCAGUGUUUGACUGUGUUGUGAACUCUUUGAAAAACGUCAUUAACAUUCUCAUUGUGUACAUAUUGUUUCAAUUCAUAUUCGCUGUAAUUGCAGUUCAACUUUUUAAUGGUAAAUUUUUUCACUGCAACGAUAUCAGUAAGAAUACUUUUGAAGACUGCCAAGGGUCGUAUUUCGUGUACGAGUCAAACAGCCUACUGCCGCGCGUCAGCCAGCGGACGUGGACGACGCAAUCCUUCCAUUACGACAAUGUCGCCGUGGCUAUGCUUACGCUGUUCGCGGUACAGACCGGGGAGGGGUGGCCACAAGUAUUACAAAACUCAAUGGCCGCCACGUACGAAGACAGGGGACCCAUACAAAAUUUUCGAAUAGAAAUGUCCAUAUUUUAUAUAGUUUACUUCGUGGUGUUUCCUUUCUUCUUCGUUAACAUAUUCGUAGCUCUGAUUAUUAUUACAUUUCAAGAGCAGGGUGAAGCUGAAUUGCAGGAUGGUGAAAUAGAUAAGAAUCAGAAAUCGUGUAUAGACUUCACGAUAGAAGCGCGGCCUCUCGAGAGGUAUAUGCCAAGCAAAAGGGCGAGUUUUAAGUACAAAGUGUGGAGAUUAGUCGUCUCUACGCCUUUCGAAUACUUAAUCAUGACCCUUAUCGUCCUCAACACAUUAUUGCUCAUGAUGAAGUUUCACGAGGCUCCACCACUACUCAUGGACAUAUUAACAUUCAUGAACCUCGUCUUUACGACCUUCUUCCUUCUCGAGACCGUUUUGAAGCUGAUCGCCUUCGGGUGUACGAAUUUUUUCAAAGACCCUUGGAAUACAUUCGAUUUCAUAACGGUCAUUGGAAGUAUAAUUGACGCCCUCAUUAUGGAGUUUGGCACCGACCUUGCUGAAAACUGUGCUGACAUAUCCUGUCAGCAGGAGAACACAUUCAACGUCGGUUUCCUCCGCCUGUUCCGAGCCGCGCGACUGAUCAAGCUGCUCCGACAGGGUUAUACCAUUCGGAUACUCCUCUGGACAUUCGUGCAGAGUUUCAAAGCCUUACCCUACGUGUGCCUUCUCAUCGCGAUGCUAUUCUUCAUCUACGCCAUCAUCGGGAUGCAGGUGUUUGGCAAUAUAGAAUUAACAGCAGAUUCUGACAUGAACAGACACAACAAUUUUCGAAGCUUCAUUCAAGCACUCAUGCUACUGUUCAGAUGCGCGACGGGUGAGUCGUGGCCAAACAUAAUGUUGGCUUGCCGCAAACCCGCCAAGUGCGACAUAGCAGCAGGAAAGGCCUCCAACGAAGAAUGUGGAAGUACGCUCGCCUACGCCUACUUCGUAUCUUUUAUAUUCUUCUGUUCGUUUCUUAUGUUGAAUUUGUUCGUUGCCGUAAUUAUGGAUAACUUUGACUACUUAACGAGGGACUCGUCCAUCCUCGGAGCGCAUCAUCUUGAUGAAUUUGUUAGAAUAUGGGCAGAAUACGAUCCAAACGCCACGGGUAAGAUCCAUUAUACAGAAAUGUAUGAUAUGUUGAAGAAUAUGGAUCCACCACUGGGGUUUGGUAACAAAUGUCCAAAUAGACUAGCAUAUAAGAAGCUUAUUAGAAUGAAUAUGCCGCUAGACGAUGAGGGGAAAGUUAAUUUUACAACAACACUAUUUGCCUUAAUACGAGAAAAUUUAAACAUCAAGAUGAGAUCUCCCGACGAGAUGGACCAAGCCGAUGAGGAAUUAAGGGAAACGAUAACCCACAUAUGGCCAUUACAAGCGAAGAAGAUGCUCGACUUGCUGGUGCCUCGAAACGAUGUACUCAACGCUGGGAAACUGACAGUUGGGAAGAUAUACGCUGGACUACUGAUCCUCGAGAGCUGGAGAUCGACAAGGUUCAAGCAGAAUGGCGUUCCGGCAUUCAACGAGAAUAGCCCUACGGCCAUUCAGCCGAAGGCGUCACUGUUUAACUGCUUGAUGGACGUGGCGGCGGGGCUGGGCCCUGGCUCGCGGGCCGGCUCGCUCAGCCAUGAAGGGCCCGUCAACGCUGAUGGACAUCCGGAAGACCCGCAUCUGCUAGCCAACCUCGCCAGACGCGGCAACAGAAAGUCGCUCAAGAACAAUAAAAAGGUAUUGGAGCUGCAAGGAUCGCACCACGCCUCAAUGGAGUCAUUGGACGAGGGGCGGUUACAAGCACCUCACACGUACCAGAACGGCCACCACGGAAGAUCAUCGAGUUUAAGACGGACACCAAGUCCAAGAAGACGAGGCCACUACGGAGGUUAUCAUCACGAUAUUGGAUUCUCCGACACCGUCAGCAACGUCGUCGAGAUAGUAAAGCACGAACAUCAAAGACACGGGCGAACGCAUAGAGCGCCCCACUACUACCACCCGCACGGGAAGGAGUGGAGGGCGCCGCACCCCACGACCAGCCUGAGCCAGCCCUCGCGGUCGCCCAGCCCGCCACACCACACCUACGUUUGGGCCCCGAUAGGUGAACGGGAUCGGGAGCGGGACCGCGAGUGGCGGGAGUGGCGCGACCGGUCGUGGGAGCGCGAGGGCGCGCGGCGCGGCCGCGGCCGGCAGCUCCCUCCCACGCCCACCAAGCCGUCCACGCUACAGGUCAAGCAGCAGCCACCCUUCACCAGAAUCAGCCACAGCCCCUCGCACUUAUCGCUAAGGCACACAGUCAGAGAACCGUUAGAGCCUCAACACGAUGAGUACGAGUACGGCCGAGAAGUUGAAAGACUGAUACACCGAGAUUAUAGAUCUAGAGAAAGACGCGGCCGGGGCUACGACGCGGAGUGGGGCUCCGGGCGCGCGUACGAGGCGCCGCUGAGCUACGAGGCGGCGCUGGCGCUGGGCCGGGGCGGCGGCGCGCGCGCGCUGCCCUCGCCCGCGCCCGCGCCGCGCCUGCCCAACGGGUACAAGCCGCGCGCGCGCCACUCCGACUCGGACGAGGACGACUGGUGCUAGCGGCGCGCGCCCGCGCCCGCCGCGCCGCACUCCUUCUGACGCGCCCGCGAGCGCCCCGAACGAUCUCGUUUUAUACUCGGCGACCGUGUGUACAUAGACGACUCCCGUUGCUCAGCGGUUCGGACGUCGCUCCCGGCCCGCCGCGGCCCGCCUCCGAAUUCUAGUAUUUACGAAGUUUUGGAAAAUUUAAUUUUUAAUUCGCUAAAAUUUUACUCCUUGAUUUGUAUUACGGUUAGGGCGAUCGAGGUAUGAGACGGUGCCGGACGACUCGUUUGCGCUAGGAUUUUUACAUAAAAUGAAAUUACUAGUCUGUAUUGUAAAAGUAAACUUUCUAUAUUAAAUUUGCACUACGUAAAGUCUACGUUAUAUCGCGUGGUGAGAGGGCGCGGGCCCCGGCCCGACCCCGCCCGACGCCGUUUCGUAUUCAACUUACACGUUGGGAGAACACUAGCGAUUCAUCGUCAGACAAAUUAAUACUAGUAUUGUAUAAAAUAUUUACAUAGCGAAUAAUUUUUACUUAGUUAAUAUAUACUAAAUAAUAAUUAAACAUUUUUUAUUGAAUUUGCUGUCCUUCCCCCAAGUGCUUUAUACCUACGUUAUUUAAAUUUAAAUACGAUUAAACUAAAUAAAGAUGAAUUGUGUGUAAACUUUGAAAAUAUAUUUCUGCAUUAAAUGAUUACCCAAAUUGUUAAAUCGUGUACUGAGUAUUGUUUAAAGGUUUUGUCGCCUGGCCACUCGCGCCGUGUAAUGUAUUGCGAGGCCCAGUUUUGUGCCGAGUGGGAGUAUCUUAGUGCUUUGUGAGUUAACUCUAAAAUAUACCUCAAAGUAACAUUUAGGAUGUAAAUUAAAGACGAGCCAAAGUUUUGUUGACUAUAAUUAUUAUUAUACUAAGGAAUAACAAGAUACUCCCACUUAGUAAUAAUGCAGUCAUCGACAUAUUGAUUAUGCCUAACGAUAGCAAUUUAAAAAAAUACAUAAGCAUGAGUUACGUAGGUAACUAUGUGUUUGUAAGUUUCAACAGUCGACAGUUUAAAUAAUAGCUUCGUAACUUAUAGAUUAAAACAUUGUGUGACACCUUCAUUUACACGUUUAGGAAUCUAUUGUCGAUGGCAGAUUAUUCCAUGCAAAUACAAAACUAGAAAUUGUCACCAGGCACAAAACCGAAAUAUCUUCUGUACACUCUACAUCAGAAUUGGUUGACAACUUUAGUAUUAAAAAUAUAAAUAAAAACUGUUAAUUUUAGUCAUAAAACGAUAAACUUGUUAAGAUCACCUUCAUUUGGAUCAACACCUAUGCAAAAGCGGUUAAAACCAAUUCUGCCGAUGAUUGUACCGUAUUAUAAUAAAUCCGAUAUUCGUCCUGAUCCCACUUGAUACACGAUACACUACUUCAUGCCACAUUGUCAUACUAGUCACUUGUUAGCUGUCAUCUUUGCUGCGACUAAUGUACUCCACAUCAAAUCGUGCAAAUACUCAAACGAAGUGCAUUAACAAAAUGUUAGUUAUGUAAUUCUGUAAGUAUUAUAAACGGUUCACUAAUAUAUAAACUUCACUUUGAAUGACUAUACGUCAGUGAUGUCGGGUGCAGUAGUCGCGGCGGAGAAGGAAUCGUUCAACACCAUCAAAUACAUUUGUUGCAAAGCAUGAUGUAGGUUACUUUAGUACGACAAAAUUGUAAAUACAUGAUUUUCUGUGAUAACAUGAUGAAAAAAUGAGAAUAUUAUUAGAACUGUGUGAUUGCAUAGGGUGUUGUUCAUUUCUCUAAGGGACGACGCGUGUUUGGCAGAAACCAAUAAAUAUUAAGGAUAGUCGACUUUAGAAGGAUUAAGUGUGUCAUCGUCAAAGUGUUAAGCCGAUAAAUGAAGUUUAAAAAAACGUUGAACAAUGAUGUUUCUAAUAUUUACCGUUUUGUUAGUGAUAGUACGAGCACUGAAUAUCGAGAUAGUUUUCAGUUUUCUAUAUAGACGUUUGAUGCCAACACUGGAAAGGUUCGGAUGAGCGUUGUUUUAAAAGAGAUGGAACAAAAGAGUUUCCAAACACGCGGCUCGUCGGUACCUUUAGUCGAAUCGGAUAUUACUCCCUCAAUAUUUUGAUCAUUGUUGUUUGUUGCGAAGGGCAGGAACGGUUUAUAAGAUAGCUUUUAUAUUUUACCUCUGUUAUAGUUAACUAGUACAAAGUGUCUACGCUGGAACGCGACUCGUGUCAUUUUUGUGCAGUAUGUCCAUUAUUAUAGUACCUAUACUUUGUUAAUAAAUACGCCUGUAUCAAUAAUUCCGUUUAAACUCCACAUAUAUAUGUGAAUCUAUCGUUUUGAACAAUUGAUAUUAUUAAUGUUAUAAUUACAAAUGCUAAUCUAGUCGUAAUAAAUGAAAUAAAUAAAAAUUGUUUUUUAAAAAGUGUUCGCGAAGGGAUGCGUGUCUCACAGAUUAUAAAAAUUGUUGCCCUUUAUUUCAGAGUGUUAGAUUUCUUCUAUGUAGAUUUAUUAUUUGACAAGAUUGACUCAUGAGAAAUAUUUAUAUUGUUAUUGUAUAGACGUAUGGGUAUUUUCGUUUUGUCAUUUGUAAUCGGGGUGUUAGGAUGAUAUCUACAAUAAGCCGAUGGACUUUCGAUGACUGAGUGGUAUAUAGAGUACCGACCGCGUCCUGCUUUAAUGUUUGUGACUCCCUCGUAUUGAUACGACAAUGUUUCACUAACAUACGUGUUUAAGAUGUGUAAAUAUUGUAAAAUAUAAAGCGACCAUUGUGUAGAGGUCGCCUGUGAAAAUGUCUAGUGAUAUGUUACUUAGUUAAUCUUAGCUAGGUAAUCUCGUCCCCAACUGUCCUUCAAUUUAAGUUGGGUGUUUCACUGCCUUAAAAUAAUAAUGAAAAUAUUUGAUGUAAUACUACUAAACUACUACAAAUAAGUCGCAUUUCAAUUGUUCUAAUGCGUUCUAAAGUUCCGUGUUCAAGACACUAGUAUUGAAUAACAUGACAAGCGGUUUACGUUCAAAAUAAUAAAUUAGUUUGAUAAUAUACCUAAUAGAUACGAAUAAAUAAAAUUACGAACACAAACAGCAGCAGUUAAUAAACGACGUAUAAUAAAAUUGUUAAUAAAUAAAUUGUAACUAAUGUAAACACUCUCUUAGCUCACUUCCUUCAUGAGAGACGUUGCAGACGAGCCCUUCAUUUGCGACCCAACGUUGAGCUGACAACUUCAUUAAAAUAGUACUACGGUGUAAGCUCGUGUGCUCGUUACCUAAUAAAUUAUCGAAUAAAUUGAACUAAUGAAGUGAGAUGAGAAAGUCUGAGCCAAUAUGUCAUGCCUGCCUUGUAUCUGUGUAAUCGCUUCACAAGAAAUUGUUUUAUAUUAAAAGUUAUAAUUAUAAUUGUAAAUUUAGCAUAGAAAGUUCAUCGGCGUCGAGAGAAGCACCAUAGAAUGUUUUUUGGUACGUUCCAAUAACUUUACAGGAUAGUGCAAUCCUAUUGAUAUUGUAUUAAUAAAGAACCAAACUUAAAUUAGUAUUUAAGUAAUUUAUUAUCCUAAAACUAAAAAAAAACUAUACGCAUGUUUUCACUAUACUGGUAAAAUGGUUAUGUACAAUACGAAAGAGCUACUGUUUUAUAUAUGAAUUCUUGCUCGCCUGUAAAAUUUUGCAGAAUGAAUCAUAUUAUAAGAUUGUACAAUAUGAAUAAAUGCAAAAAAGACAUUUCCUCGAUAAA